CUAGGUUUGUUGACUAGAAUACUUUAAUACUGAGUUUAAAGUUAAUAUUUUGUUAAACAUACUUUAUUUAUGAUAUUUACAAUUCUUCUGAUGCGCAUUAAAAAUAUAUGCGUUGUCGUUUGAGUCUCGUGUCACUGAAAAGUGCUCUUUGCAAGUGCCUCUCAUGGGAGCACAUGUGGACACCUCUGUGCUGCUGCAGAUACUGAAGAGGACAGUUCCUCCACACAGACCUCAUGGAGAAAAUGUCACGGGUGACCACAGCACUGGGCAGCAAUACCAUCAGCGGCAGAACAAUGUUCUGUCAUUUGGAUGCACCCGCGAACGCCAUCAGUGUGUGCCGUGAUGCCACCCAAGUGGUGGUCGCAGGCCGCAAUAUCUUCAAGAUCUAUGCACUGGAGGAAGAGCAGUUUGUGGAGAAGCUGAAUCUCCGCGUCGGCCGUAAACCCUCGCUCAACUUCAGCUGUGCUGAUGUGAUGUGGCACCAAAUGGAAGAGAACCUGCUUGCCACUGCUGCUACAAAUGGGGCAGUUGUCACCUGGAACCUGGGGAAGCCCUCUCGUAAUAAGCAGGACCAGUUGUUUACUGAGCACAAACGCACCGUCAACAAGGUGUGUUUUCACCCCACAGAGGUUUACAUGCUUCUGAGUGGCUCACAGGAUGGCUUCAUGAAGUGCUUUGACCUACGCAAGAAGGAAUCUGUCAGUACCUUCUCAGGUCAGUCUGAAAGUGUGAGAGAUGUUCAGUUUAGCAUGAAGGAUUAUUUUACUUUCGCUGCAUCCUUUGAGAAUGGUAAUGUACAACUGUGGGACAUCAGACGUCCUGACCGCUAUGAGCGAAUGUUCACCGCCCACACAGGCCCAGUGUUCUGCUGUGACUGGCAUCCCGAUGACAGGGGCUGGUUGGCUACAGGAGGCAGAGACAAGAUGGUGAAGGUUUGGGACAUGACUACUAACAAAGCAAAGGAGAUCUAUUGUGUUCAGACAAUCGCCUCAGUUGCCAGGGUAAAGUGGCGGCCUGAGAGAAAGCAUCACCUCGCCACCUGUUCCAUGAUGGUGGACCACAACAUCUACGUGUGGGACGUGCGCAGGCCUUUCAUCCCUUUCGCCACCUUCGAGGAACACAAAGACGUGACCACCGGGAUUGUUUGGCGACACCAGCACGACCCCCAUUUUCUGCUCUCAGGCUCAAAGGACAGUACUCUGUACCAGCACAUGUUCAAGGAUGCCACUCGUCCUGUGGACAAGGCCAAUCCAGAGGGCCUUUGUUUUGGCCUGUUUGGUGACCUUGCAUUUGCAGCAAAGGAAAGUCUGAUUAACAGUGAUGCCAACAGAAAGCCCUACCCUGGAGGAGACCGACGGUAUCCAAUCUUUUUCUUUAAGAAGGCCGAUCCAACAGAACAGUUCACCCAUGUGUCCAGUGUCCUGAACGUUUUUGGGACAGAUUUGGAAAGCAACCGAAUGGACUGGUUCGUGAGGACAGCACAACUCUACCUCCUCAGUGGAAAACCAUUUGCUGAGCUGUGUGAUCACAAUGCUAAAGUGGCACGGGAGCUCAAAAGACCUCGGGUUUCCACCACUUGGACGAUGCUGCGAAUCAUGUUCUCUGAUCCAGCAAACCUGACAGCCCCUGGUUUGAACCACAGCCACAGUAAACUGGGCAAUUUACCUUUAAUGAACAGUUUUAGUAUGAAGGACAUGGGUACAGGGAUGGGCGCAGAGGGCAGGUUGGAGCGCAGUAAAGGUGAGCUCAGACAGGACAACAUGCACUUGGAGCCUGGGAACCUGCACAUCAACAAUAAUAAUGAAGAAAAUGAAGAGACAGAGGGCAGCGAGGGCCAGGCAGAGUACAUGUUUGGUGAUGCUGAAUUAGAUGAUGACGACCUUUACUCUAUGGAACAUGACAACCAAAUGGAAGAGCAAGAGUACAUCCUGCCCCCGGAAGCCUUUCCUUUGCGCCAUGAGAUCAUAGAUAACCCAUCGGCUCCUGAGCAUCUCCAGCAAGACAAGGCAGACUCGCCACACGUCAGUGGCAAUGAGGCGGAGGUCAUGUGUCUGACUCCCAUUGAGUCCUUCUCUCUCAUCUCCAUUUCCCAGCCUCUGUUCAGUCCACAUCUCCCAGCCAGCUUCUUCUGCCCAAUCGUGCGGGAGAUGCUGAGCUACUACGCCGAGCAGGGUGACGUUCAGAUGGCUGUGUCCGUGCUCAUUGUCUUGGGAGACAGAAUUCGCAAAGAAAUCGAUGACCUCACCCAGGAGCACUGGUAUAUGUCCUACAUCGACCUGCUGCAGAGGUUUGAAUUGUGGAACGUGUCCAACGAAGUCAUCAAGCUGAGCACGUGCAGCGCCAUCACCUGUCUGAACCAGACGUCAACAACACUACACAUCAACUGCAGCAGCUGCAAACGGGCGAUGAGCAACAAGGGCUGGAUCUGCAAUAAGUGUCACCAGUGUGCCAGUGUGUGUGCUGUGUGCCACCACGUGGUGAAAGGACUGUUUGUGUGGUGCCAGGGCUGCAGUCACGGUGGACACCUGGAGCACAUCAUGAACUGGCUGAAGAUCAGUGCCCACUGCCCUGCCGGCUGUGGUCACCUGUGUGAGUACACAUGACAUAACCGCUGGUCCUCCUCUGUGGCAGUCGGAAUGGGUCCUUUACACGCUCCACAGAUGCCUUCAUCCCUCUGUGAGGGUUCCUCAUUGUGGAGUCUUAAAGGGGGAGUGGUUGGACCUGUGCACGCUGACGUUUACGAGUAGAACACAAACACACUCGUACUUGAAUCGGUUUUUCCAGUAUUUUUUUUUUGGUUGGGGGGCGAGGGUCCUGUACAUGAACAGAUGUUACAGUUGAUAAACACAGACGACAUUCGUCUUGAAAAACAAAAAUCACAGUUGCUGUCUUUUUAUGUUUUUUUAAACCUCAAUGGAAUGGUGAAGGCUGUACAGAGAGAGCUGUGGACUCAUCUUCAGUGUAAAAAUAAUGAUUGUACAUAACGUCUAAAAUAUUUUAAAGAAAAAGGACUGAAGAUGAUGUGGGAUUAUUUAUAUGACAAAUGACUCUUUAUCAAAGGACUAUUAAAGCAAUAACCACUGAAAUUAAAUCUGUGUAAUUUCUGUAAAAAAAACAUUUUAAUGACCUGCUUUCAAAUGACAAACAUUCGUGAAGACAAA